GUUAGCUAAUUUUACUUGUUUUGGAAAGUCUUGACAAGCCAAAUUUUCUUGUUCUAUUGGCAGAUACUUUUGCUUAGUUCAAAUAAAAUACCCCUAAUUUUUUAUUUUUAUUUUUUCUUGUUUUUGAACACUGACUUUUUGCAAUCUAUGCACAUAUAUGUACAGUAUGUACCUGCCCAAUUCCAAACAAUGUUUAAUGUGUUACACGGCUCGGUUGGUGAUAACCCUGUAAAUGUUCACACCUGUAAAAAUGAGUUAAAGGGGCGUGGAAGCGCCAACUCUCCAGGGAAGAAAACAAGAGUGGAAGUCCUCCUCUCCAUUCAGACGACCGCUCCUGCUGCACAAACAAUGUCCCCUUUGGAGGACUUCCUGGCGUCGCUCUCGUCGAGUUCUACCACCGUGCUGGUGGCCGUCUUUGUGCUGCUCCUCUUAGCCGUUGCCACCCGGAGCUUCACUUUGCAAAGCAAGGAAAGUGAGAGGGAGCCUCCGGGGCCGAAACCAUGGCCCUUGCUUGGCAACCUGCUUCAGCUAAAUCUCAACAAGACCUACAAAGAGUUUUGUGAGCUUUCAGAACGGUACGGGUCCGUAUUUACGGUCUACAUGGGCACCAAUAAAGUGGUGGUGCUGGCUGGAUACAAGGCGGUCAAAGAGGCGCUGGUCAACCAUGCAGAUGAAUUUGGAGAGCGCCACAUCUUCCCGAUUUUUCAGGACAUGAACCAGGGCCAUGGAAUCGUGUUUUCAAACGGAGAGUCAUGGAAAGAAAUGAGACGGUUUGCCCUCAGCACUCUGAGAGACUUCGGAAUGGGCAAAAGACUCGCUGAAGACAAAGUCAUAGAGGAGUGCAGCCACCUUAUUCCCGUCAUUGAGAAGUUUAAAGGGCAACCAUUUGACACAACAGCUCCACUGAGUAAUGCCACGUCCAAUAUCAUCUGCUCCAUCGUGUACGGCAGCAGGUUUGACUACAGCGACCCUCGCUUCACCAAAAUGGUGAGAAGAGCCAAUGAGACCAUUGCACUGAAUGGAUCGCCACAGAUUCAGCUUUACAACGCCUUCCCACGGCUGUUCAGCUGGAGUAAACAUCGGCGGGCGAUGAUGAAGAGGCGCGACGAAACCCUCCGGGACAUGAAGGAGCUGCUGGCCAAAGUGAAGGAGAAGCUGAACCCUGAAGUGUGCACGGGAGUAGCUGACAGCUUCUUCAUCCGCAAGCAAAAAGAGGAGGCUGCAUCUAAUGGAAAGAGCCACUUCAACGAUGACAACAUGAUGUACGUUGUGGCCAACCUGUUUGCUGCAGGCACCGACACCACUGCUACCACACUGAGAUGGGGCAUGCUAUUGAUGGCCAAAUAUCCCCAAAUACAAGAUCGGGUCCAUGAAGAGCUGAGCAAAGUGGUCGGAAGCCGUCAGAUUCAAAUGGAGGAUCGCAAGAACCUUCCCUACACCGACGCCGUCAUUCACGAGACGCAGAGGUUCGGCAACAUCGCCCCCAUGGCCAUCGUGCACCGAACCAGCCGGGACGUAACCUUCAGGGGAUACUUCAUGAAAAAGGGUACCAUUGUUAUCCCUCUACUUACAUCCGUCCUCUACGAUAAGAGUGAGUGGGAGACACCCGACACCUUCAACCCUUCCCACUUCCUGGACAAGGAGGGUAAAUUUGUCAAAAAGGAUGCAUUCAUGCCCUUCUCUGCAGGCCGCAGGGUUUGUCUCGGAGAGGGUCUGGCUCGGAUGGAGCUCUUCCUCUUUUUCACCACCCUCCUUCAGAACUUUCGCUUCACGCCUCCGCCCGGGGUUUCGGAGGACGAGCUGGAUUUGACUCCAACGGUGGGUCUGACACUCAAUCCGUCUCCACACCAGCUGUGUGCUGUCCGUAAACUCUGACGCCAGCUUACUAAUGACACACUUUGUUGUCGUCCAAAUGAUUUCAUGAUGAGAAUGUAAGCAGGAUACUCAGUGCAAGUAUUGUAGAUGAUGUCCUCAACUCGUCUUCUAUGUACAUGCUAUUUUAAAUAGAUGAAAUCAUAAAUAAAACACUUGUGUCAGACUUCUAUGUUAUCCAGACUAGCCUGUAUAUACAUACAUAGUGACAGAGAUAUAUAUCUACAUAUAUACAUAUCAAAGAGUUAUUUCUUUUAGUCAUAUUUGUAAUAGCUAUUGGUUACCAGUUGUACUCUUUCUAUUUUUUCUCCAUCUCGUGUCCGAUGGUACACUGUAAGUUACCUUGACUUUAGGAAUGUGAGGAGGAGAGAUACUCCUUUUUCCUUACCUCAUCCUGUCUCAGGCUAAAGUAGAACAAUAGACAUGUGUAUUCGUUCUGGAGGGUGUGGGCUAUUGGCAUAUUGAAGAACACAGCACUUCCGUAAUGUUUUCAGAUCAACUUGACUACGCAAUUGAAUGUGUUGUUCUAGGCUGGUCUCUCUUUCCAAAGCUUUGGAAAUAAAUUGCAAAAUACCUA